AUGCCUGCCAUUACUAGUAAACCGUUGAAUGCCUCAACAGCUGUUCAAAGUGGACCGUAUACAAAAGCUCAAUUUCAAUCCACCAUGGAAGGUUCACGUAGUGUUAAAAACAUGAAAGAAAUAGAAACUCUGCUAAAAGAUUAUCCUGCGGCGUUGGAUUUAUAUAAAACAGGAAAAUAUAAAGUUAAAGUUAAAUAUGAAGCGGAUGUUGAACGUGUUAUAUUAGUUGAAAAACGUUCAGCAAAAGCUGGUGAAGGUCAAACGAAAUCUCAAAUAGAUAGUAAACAGAAUACAAACACAAAAUUACCGACAGUAACAAAUAGUGAACAAGUAACAACACCUAUCACUGGCACAACGUAUGAUCAACAAGAUAAUGCAUCAGAAGAUACACUUAAUGAUAAUAAUAAUAAUAAACGAGAUCAUUCAGAAUCACGUCAAAGUACCGAUGGUUUAUUGAAACAUUCAAAAUUUAAUGGAAAUGAUGAACAUCAUCGUCAUAGUCGUACACAUUCCAAAGAUAGUCGAAAUCGUAGUAAAGAACGACCAGAUCGACCACCGCCCUCAUCGUUAUCUACACAACAUGCAAACAUAACACAAAUGCCAAACAAUUAUCAAUCAUAUUCAUCCGGAAAAAUCUCUAAUGGAACUCAAAAAUAUGAAAAUGGUCAUUCGGCACGUUAUUCGAAAGACAAGGAUAUACGAAAACUAUCAAAAGGUCGACAAAGCAAUGUGUCAUCAAAAACAUAUAGUAGACGAAGCACAUCGAACGAUAGUGGUAAAACAAAAUCACGUCAAAGCAGUAAAAAUCGACGUCGAUCACCAGCAACGUCUCCUUCAAACUCAUCAUUUACAUCGAAUAAUUCUCAAAAACGACAACACAGAAAAUCAAAGGAAAUGAGCACUCAUAAAACCGUUUUACAACAUCGUUCAUCAAAAGGUAGCCAUACUAGUAGUUAUAAAACAAUUCAUGAAGAAUAUAUGCAGGGAAAACUGCCUGCGCUAGCAUUUCGAAAGACAAAAUGGAAUCCAGCAACACUACCAUUAAAUCCCUAUAUGCCAAAUCCCUAUUGGCCAUCACAGCAAAAUAUAUUUGCUGCUGUCAACCAACCGUCAUUAAGACCAUUUAGACCAAAUUUGUAUCCGACACCGUGGCAACCGUCACAUCAACAAGUUCCAUUUAUUGCACAACAUCCUUCAUUUUACUAUGGUCCUCGGCCUAACGUUAAAAAACCAAGUGUUCGACCUUCAGCAUCUCCUCCACGUUUAAAUUCACUUCUCACUCCUUCAACACCAAGUAGUGGUGGCCUUCGUUCCCAUCAAAGUGGUCGACCGAAUGGUUCAGCGUUUAACACUUCAAUGUAUUCAGCACCAAUUGUCAACAACUUUCGAUUUCAUCAUCCGGGUAAUGCUUAUGUAAUGAAUGGACCACAAUAUAACUCUGUAAAUCAAUCUUGGUUCAAUGCAGCUAGUUCGAUAAGAAAUGGCCGGAUGCCAAUAGCGGCACCAGGACAACUAUCUUUACAAGCAGAUUAUAAACGUUCAAAAUAUCGUGCGAGAAGUGUUGAUGCGGGUCCAGGAUUGCGCCAUCAAUCACAAAUGGUCAUGCCAAUGAAUAUAAGAGAUCGAAGCAUUGAUCAAUCUUUAAAUAAUCAACAAAAACAAUCUAAUGUUGUUAUUGAACAAUAUCGUCAUCAUCACCAUAAUCAUCGUCAUCAUCGUACUUCACAGAAUCAUUAUCAGUCACAACCUGUCAUAUCAAAUGGAACAGUAAAUGAGCAAAAACCCGUAGAAAAUGGUCAUAUGUUGAGAGGCAUUAAUAGUACAAACGGAGGUUUGACUAAUGAAAAAAUGACAAUUCGCCAAUUGAACGAAGCGUUUCAACAUAUGGAUCCCACUGGUCGUUUACAAUUACCAUCUAUAGUACCAAUACUUCAACGUUUUAACAUGCAGAUCACUGAAAAUGAACUGAUCAAUACUGCUCAACAAUUACAAUACAAUAGUAAGAAUAAUACGAAUAAGUGA